GCCAGGCACGGUGUAAAAACAGAUCUACGUAAUGGGACAGCUAGCAUGUUUCCUAAUCGCAUUGGCGAUCGUAGGUGUUUAUGGAGAUGAACCAGACAAAUUAGUAAAUGGAAUACCCACUACUAUAGAGAAAAAUCCUCAUUGUGUCUCCCUAAGAAUCAAUAAUAGUCAUUUUUGCGGCGGUAGUAUAAUCGAUUCACAAUAUAUCCUAACUGCCGGGCAUUGCGUGGCCCCUCUAUUUUCUGACGACUCUCUAAGGAAAUCUGUGACCGUUGUUACUGGCACGACUUACCUCGAUAAAGGUGGACAGGUUUAUAAAGUGGAAAAAUUGUGGUACCACGAUAAUUAUAAUCCUCGCGCAUUGGGUAGAGGCCCUCAUGACAUGGGUUUAAUAAAGCUGAUGUCACCGAUUGAGUUUGGCCCAACACAAAAACCAGUUAAACUCCCAACAAAGAAUGUGACAAAAAGUGAUGGUGUUAUGAUUGCUGCCUGGGGUUCUACGGGUUUUAAUAAACCCGUACAUAACAAUUUACAAAAAUUAACCGCGAAUGUCAUGCUUCCAGACACAUGCCAGGUUUAUCACAGUUUCAUUAUGAAAAUUUAUAAGAAUGAAUUCUGUAUCCUUAUCAAGAAAGGAAUCGGAUUGUGUAAGGGUGAUAGCGGUAGCGGAUUGAUUCAAGACAGCGACGGAACAAUUAUUGGUUUGGUAUCUGGUGGAAGACUGUGCGCCAAGGGUUAUCCAGACGUAUAUACAAACAUUUAUCCCUAUCUUUCUUGGAUCAAAGAAAAACAAAUCAACGCAAUGAGACAGCUAGCAUGUAUCUUACAAUUAAUCGCAUUAGCGGUCGUAGGUAGUUAUGGCAAUGAAACGGCUAGACUAGUAAAUGGAAAAUCUACCUCUAUACAGAAAAAUCCGCAUUGUGCCUCCAUAAAAGUGCUUGGAGAAUACAUAUGCGGCGGAAAUAUAAUCAGUAAACGACAUAUCCUAACUGCCGCUCAUUGCGUGUAUGAUUUAUAUCGUGACAAGAUUUUAUUGAAUUCUACGAUUGUUGUUACUGGCACAACUUACCUUGAUAAAGGUGGAGUGACUCAUAAAGUGAAAAAGGUGUAUUUCCACGAACGUUAUGAUCCUCUCAUUUUGGGUGUAAAUGACAUCGGUUUAAUAAAGUUGCUUAAGACCAUUCAAUUUGGCCCAACACAACAGCGAAUUAUGCUCCCAACAAGUGAUAUUGCAAUUAAUGAGAAAGUUAUGAUCGCUACUUGGGGUCGAAAGGGCUUCCAAAAACCCCUACAUAACGAUUUGCAAAAAUUGGACAUGAAAGUCAUGCUUCCGGCUACAUGUCAAGCUCGUUAUGACAAAUCCAGUCUUAUUAUACAUAUUGACAAGAAUAAUUUUUGUACCUACAUUAAGAACGGAAUUGGAAUGUGCAACGGUGACAGCGGUAGCGGAGUAAUUAGAAAGCGUGAUAGAAAAAUUGUUGGUUUAGUGUCUGGUGGAAUACCAUGCGCCAGGGGUUAUCCUGAUAUAUUUACUAAUGUUUGUCGCUAUGUUAAUUGGAUCAAAAUAAAACUAUUGCUAUAA